CGCUACGUGCGGGAGCUCAUGAAGUACAUCCAGGUUGACUCCUAUGGGAAAUGCCUGCAUAACCGCGAGCUUCCCAGUGAGCGACUGAGAGACACUUCUACAGCAACUACUGAAGAUUCUGAAUUUAUGACUUUUAUCGCCAGGUACAAGUUUCAUCUGGCCUUGGAGAAUGCCAUAUGUGAUGACUACAUGACAGAGAAGCUGUGGCGUCCAAUGCACUUGGGGGCUGUCCCAGUAUACCGAGGCUCCCCAGCUGUGCAGGACUGGAUGCCAAACAACCUCUCCAUCAUUCUUAUAGAUGACUUUGAGAGCCCCCAAGAGCUGGCAAAGUAUCUUGACUUCCUGGACAAGAAUGGAGAGGAAUAUCUGAAGUAUCUAGAGUAUAAAAAACAUGGUGGAAUCAAAAACCAGUUCUUGCUAGAGAGCUUGGAGAGGCGGGAGUGGGGGGUGAAUGACAUGACUCUGCCCAAUUACCUGAAUGGCUUCGAGUGUUUCGUCUGUGACAGGGAGAACACCCGGGUCAAAGAGGAGCAGGAACACAGAAAGUCUCAUGGGAAAAUUCCAUCUCCCAGACCUCGCAUAGCUCAGUUCAAGCACAUGGGAUGUCCUGUGCCCAUCCCUGGGUUUGGAAAUGUUGAAGAUCUCUCUGGAGGAGACAGUUGGAAAGAGAUGUGGCUGCAGGAUUAUUGGCAAAGCCUUGAUCAGGGUGAGGCCCUCACUGCUAUGAUUCAUCGCAAUGAGACGCAUCAGGGAAGAUUUUGGGACUAUAUGCAUGAGAUUUUUCUCAAGAGAACGAGGCAACACUGACCCAUCUUUGUAAGAGCUUGAUUUGAAAAUUGCAUUGAAAGGUGAGACUGCAAAUUCUUACCUCGCUCCAAAUGUUUGCCUUGAAAUAGAAGAAAAACUCUCACAGAGACUAUUUUUUCUGGUGCAUGAAGUGAGUAGGUUUCUGUUAUGAUUGGAUUUCAGCAGUGGAGAUCUUAGCAACUGCUUUGAUUUGAAUUUCAGCUCUGUGGUGUGAAGCCACUCCCGAAUUGCAGGUGUCAACAUGUGGGGCAAAAGAGGAAUUAACUCUCCUUUUGUAUUUGUAUAGUUUCCAUGUGGCUUACAUGACUCCAGAGGAAUACCUCUUCAAACUCCUGCUAAA